GGCCUUUCUCGGGUUGUUAGAUUAUGACACCUUUCCAUUGAUAAACAUCUUUCCUGAGAACACAAACCUAUUUGCGCAUGGCGAACCCGGGGGAUCUGAUCUCUCCUCUCUGGCGUCAUUAGCCCGACUCAAAAUCUCAUCAUCCGUAUCUGUACGGUACACAGUCCAACAUGCUUGCUAACCUCCAUAAACCAAUCGAUCUCCUCCGAGGCCACCCAUCGACCCGCCUUCUUGCAGUGGACCUGAUUCGCGAGUCCGCUGCUAAGGUCCUUAGCUCUGACCUUCCACAGGAUAGUUAUGCCCAGGUUCGCCACCCAUUACAUUACGGACCUAACAUGGGGAACGAGGACUUGCGUGCUGAGAUUGGAAGAUGGACUGCUGAGCGAUAUGAGCUCAAAGAAGCCAUUCCUGCGGAGAGAAUUAAUAUCACUCCCGGGGCAUCGUAUGGGCUUAUGAGCACGCUUUUACUGUGUACUAGUCCCGGAACUGGGUACACGAAGCAGGCGUUCGUCGUUAGCCCGACCUACUUUUUAGCAGCAAGUGUGUUCCAAGACGCUGGGUUUUCCGGGAAAUUGACCGCUAUAAGGCUUAACAAGAAUACGAUUGACACCGAUUCCUUGGUGGCUCACCUCGAGCGUAUCUCUGCCUCUGCUCCAGAUGUCCAGCUUCCAAGCGGCCUGGAGCCAAUCUCUAGGGCCGGCGCUCCAAAGCGCAUCUACAAAUUUGUUAUGUAUUGUGUUCCUACGUAUUCGAACCCUACUGGGGAGACAUGGGACUUGGAGACCCGCAGGAAGGUCGUUGAGAUUGCUAGGAAGUGGGAUAUGCUCGUCAUUAGUGAUGAUGUGUACGACUUUCUCGGCAAUGACGGCGAUACCUCUGCCCUUACCCCGGACAAGAAGUUAAUGCCUAGACUUGUCACUUUGGACCAUGAGAUUGGCCAGAAGCAUGGAAUGGGGGGCGAUGAAGCCGGGUACACGGUCUCUAAUUGCUCGUUCUCAAAGCUAUUGGGGCCAGGUUUAAGGUGCGGCUGGAUUGAGAGUGCUACAGGAGUGUUGGCAAAACAAAUGGGCGAGGGCGGUGCGAACCGUAGUGGCGGCGCACCCUCACACUUCGCCUCGACCCUUAUACACCCACUUAUUACUAGCGGCUCAAUUGAUAGCGCAAUCUCAAAUCUUACAAAAACCUACACUGCCCGAUGCGCCGCUAUUAUUGCUGCCAUCAAGACCUACUUUCCAAAAGAAGCUACCAUUUAUGGUGGUAAAGGUGGAUUCUUUCUGUGGAUCAUACUCCCAGAAAAUUACGACGCCCAUGAGAUUACAAAGCUUGCUGCAAAGGACGUGAUCGUGCUUGGUGGUGAUAGGAGCGAGUGCCCUGGGGACACGCUUGGCUGGGGCGAUCAUUGUGUUCGGGUUUCGGUGAGUUAUUCUGAAGCGGAUGUCGCAGUGGAAGGUAUCAAAAAGUUUGCGGAGGCAAUGAAGAGAUGGGAGAAUGGUGAGAGGAGCUCCUAAGGGGCAGAACUAGAAAUGAAGUAAAAGAAAAGUGCUGCUUAGCAAGAAUUUUUGAGGUAUAUGUUAGAGAAGGAUAUGAUCUAGUAGUCAGCUCAGUUGUCGGAAAGUAGGAAUUCGAAUGUUGCUAUUAUA